AUUCGCUAAACAAAACACACGUGAUUUACACAACAGAAAGUCAGCUGAAGAAGGAAGUUUAAUCAAGAACAAAUGCAAAUGGCGGCCUCUAUGACAUGGAUUGCUUUUACUGGAUUUAUUUAGACGCUAGUAACAAUGGCGAGUAGAUUAUCUAUCCGCCGCGCCCAGGUGCACGUACCCAACACGUGUGCAUGGUGUGAAAGCAUACAGGACGUGAACUGGUACUGUAAUGACUGCCAUGAGGCGUUAUGUGACCGCUGUUUUGAGGGUCAUCAACGCGCAAGAAAGACACGGAAUGAUGACGUCGUACCAAUAAAGGAGGCGAUUAAACAAGACGAAGUCUUUAUCCCAGACGUAUGUAAGACACAUCGAGGUAAGACAUGUGACCUGUACUGUAGUGAUUGUGACAUCGCGAUCUGUGCAAUGUGUUUUACCGAGAAACAUAAACAACAUACUUUCAAAAAUAUUGAGGAGGAAAUUGGCUCGCAAAAACAUUACAUGCAAGAUCAAUUAAAAAUACUCAAGUCCAAGUUUGACCAUUUUGAUGAUAAUCUAUCAAAGCGUCAUGAAGUGAGCAAGUCAUUCAUAGAGAGCGUGGCUGUCAUCCGACAACAUGUACUUACUCAGAGACUGAAACUGAAAGCAGAGGUUGAUUCCAUAACUGAUACAAUCUUGGUCGAGUUAUCGUCCUUGGUUGAAGAAGAAGAGAAAUCUCUCAAACAGGACUGUCAACCUCACGAAAAAUAUAUCAAAGAGAUCAAACAACUUAUCAGAGAUGUAGAGCAAAACACAGCAAAGAUGUCCACUACAUCCUUGUUUGAGCUGACGGGGAGACUGAGAACCACCAUACCGCUGUAUAAUGUUGCUACAAAGAGUGUGAUUCCUCGCCCACCUUGCUUCGUGUCUGGAACAUUUAACGCAGAUCAGUUGAAGUCAAUGAUUGGCUAUAUUCAGGUCGACAAAUUGAAGACUGAAGACAUCAGGUAUGAGAAAAAAGAGGUUGACAGUAGAAAGGUUAGUCAAAUUUCUACAUUCCAAGAACGAAAGCAGUCACAAAUCAACUCGAUAUGUCCUAUUGACGACAUUCAUGCAUGGAUGUCAAUACUUGGAUCUACAGAAUUGAUCAAAGUCAACAAGAAAGGCAAGGUCACAGAAUCUGUCAAGCUUGACUUUGUACCGCGGUGUCUGACAUUGACCAACGCAGAAGAAUUACUGAUCACGUGUGGUUCAUCACUGAUAUGCAUACUAUCAAAGGACAGACGAGUGACCAGAUUUACUGACAUCAGUCCGUUAAAAGCCUGGGGUAUCAGUGUCAGUGACAGUGACGAGGUGUUCGUUACUACUCACACUACAACAAUACAGGUACUGAACAUGUCCGGGGAGAGGAUCAGGAACAUUUCGUGUAGAGGUGAUGGGCUGAGUAUCGUAUGUUUGACAACAGGAAAUAUAACUGUUACCACUGGUUAUAACAUUUUGCAUUGUACAGAAGUGAUUGUCAUCAACAAAUCUGAUCAGGUCAUACACAAGUGGAGUGGGGAACUGGACAAUGGUCAGAAGGUAAACGAAACGAUGCAUUAUAAUAUAGCACGUGAUGGAUAUGACAGAAUUUUCGUACCAGACUACCAAAAAAACAAGGUGUACGUCCUAUCGGUGAAUGAAGGAAAUGCCAAGUGUCUCCUGGACAAGACACAUAAAGUAAUAGAGCCAGUGGCUGUGGGUGUAGACAGAUGUGGACAUGUCUGGAUCGGAUGCUUCGAUGGUACAGUACAUGUUAUGCAACUAUAAACAAGUGAGAAGAUGUUUCAAUGAAUGGAAACAAAUAAUAUUGCAUUAUUGUGACAAUAGAAAUGUUUGCAUUCUAUACUUCAUAACUGCCUACGUCGCAAAUGCAUUUUCACUUUGUUUCAUAUAAUGAUAGUGCUAACAAGUCAACUAAACAGACUGUUUAUGGUUUCUUGAUUUAAUCACACGUUUCUGUUUUUUACCUUUAAUGUGUCACAGGUAGGAAAUGAUUACAGAGUUCUAAAUCAAUUUGAUCAUUAUGCAUGUUACAUCAUAAUAAAAUACAAAAUGUGAAGAUAAAUGCAGAUGACGGUACAACUACAAUUGGAAGACGUCGCAUUAUUAGUGUAAACCCAUUGCACUAAAUGAUGCAUUAUCACAUUUUAUUACUCAAAGCAAUUCAUGAAAUAGAAUCUUUGCUUCAUUUUAAUAUGAUCACUGUCUUAUGAUCAUUUUAAGACACGUUAAAUCAGGCUGUCAGUAACACAUGUUACAGUGUGUGAGUGAGAAAGUCUAUAUCUUAUCAGUAUUAUGGGAGAUAACGUCUUGUUGAUUAUUUACAGUAAAAUCAUGUUAUAUUGAAACAAAUCCUUUUAUUCAUUUAUUUAACUAGUUAAAAAGUUUGAACAGUAAAGCACAAUUAUACUGUUUCAGUAUAUGAAUUUAUUAAUAAAAAACACAUUUGAUCAUUAUGAAAUUCACCGUUUUCAUUUUCAAGCACUCGUAAUGUUUUGCUAAAUGAGAGUAUGGUGGCUGAGAAUAUCGCCGCACCAGUCCGAGUAUUUUUCUUUAAUACAUUGUGAUUAAAAAAAAACUA